GUGGGGCUCAGCCUUGGCUUCUUGUGAGGAAGUGGGGACUGAGGGGGCCCUGGUUCCUUCCUGGCUCUCUGGGUCUGAGGCGCUGGUGUCUUGGCUCUCCUUGUACUCUUCACCUGAGGGACACCAAACUGAGGGCUGGGCUUGAACUUGUGACCCUCCUGCCUUCCCCUCCCAUUGGGACAAGGUCGAGAUGAAACUCCUGCUCCUCCUGGCUCUCCUCGUGGGGGCGGUGUCCACCCGGCAUCUCAAGGUGGACACGUCCAGCUUGCAGAGCCUGCAGGGAGAGGAGAGCUUGGCCCAGGAUGGGGAGACUGCAGAAGGGGCCACCAGGGAGGCUGCCUCAGGGGUGCUGAUGCCGCUGCGUGAAGAGGUGGAGGAGGAAAUGGAAGGAGGCUCUGGGAGUGAAGAUGACCCCGAGGAGGAGGAGGAGGAGAAGGAGAUGGAGUCCAGCUCAGAGCUGGAUAUGGGCCCUGAGGAUGUCCAGUGUCCUAAGGAAGAGGACAUAGUAAAAUUUGAGGGCAGCCCUGGAUGCAAAAUCUGCCGAUACGUUGUGCUGAGUGUCCCCAAGACAUUUAAACAAGCCCAGUCGGUGUGCCAGAGAUGCUUCCGGGGAAACCUGGCGUCCAUCCACAGCUACAACAUCAACCUCCAGGUGCAGAGAAGUUCCAGGAUCCUCAAUGUGGCCCAGGUCUGGAUUGGAGGCCAACUCAGGGGCAAGGGUCACCACAAACACUUUCAUUGGGUGGAUGGAACCCUCUGGAAUUUUUGGUACUGGGCAGCUGGGCAGCCCUGGAGAGGCAACAACAGUGGCAGAUGCGUGACCCUGUGUGCCCGAGGAGGUCACUGGCGCCGAUCUCACUGUGGUGUUAGACGUGCUUUCUCCUGUUCCUACUGAGAGCAGCUUGGAGCUCCUCUCUGCUGCCCUCACUAGCAGCUGCCUCUCCUCUCCUGCCUGCACUCCUCCCUCCUCUGCCCUGCAAUAAAAUCUCUCU